AUGAUAGUUAGUCCAAUGGUCUUAACUAUCAGAACUGAUAUUUUUGUCAUAUUAAGAUAUGUUCGCGGUUUUGCUAUAGCUGAAUGUGACGUUAUGCUUAUACUUUGGAAAGCUAGCAAAGUGGAAUUUCCAGCUUUGGAUGGACAGUGUACUUCACUUGCUGCCCUUCAGUUCCCUGGCGAGGAUGUCAACCCGCCCCACACUCACCCUCGUGCAUCUGAGCUAUUAUUAGUAGUGCAGGGCAGUCUAGAAGUUGGAUUGUUAGAUAGUACUACAGUUGUUUCUGCAUUUGGUAGCGCAAAUGUAGGAACCAUUUCACAUCCAACAGCUCUGUUUGCUACUUGUGUCGAUGAUCAGAUUCUCGCUAAGUAA